CGAGACUGAGCGAAUCAGUGAGAAAAACUCGUUCACCGAGCGCGGACAAGCACGCGACGCGACGAACGAACGCUACCAACGGCACCGUCAGCCCGGAACAGCAAGGCUUUGCGAUAGUGGGAGCCCGCCGCCGCCUAUUGGAAACUGAAGCGGCGUGACGAAAAUCCCACGACCGCAGCACGAUCGGCGACGACCGUGGUUGAGUUGGAUUUUUGAGAGCCCGUGUUCCGGUACUGGGUGGACUUUGUGUGAAGUUUUGGCGAUGAACGUGUAUGUAUUUCGUUACUAGUGGUUAGAAAAAACGGUUACGGAAAAUUGAUGGAAAUCAUUAAACUAAAAUAAUUGUGUGCAUUUGUGAUGAGCGUUUGGUACCAGUACAAACCGUGGCGAUUUCGGUGAAAAGUUGUGAAACUGUGCAGCGAAAGUGAAGGCAAAAAUGGGCAAUAGUGUGCAAACAACAUUCAAACCCACAUCCACUGUUAUCUAAAUGAGCGAAAAGAGUGUCAAAACUAGUGCAAGAAUUACUUUACAGUUACAUUCUACUGCUAUCCGAGCAUUUGGAAGCGCCAAAAAAGCCCGUUCGAUCGAAAAAGUGAUAAAAUGAUCGGAAAAAUGAAAUAAAUAAUGCAACGGAAAGAAUGUGAAAAGAUAAAUAAAUAUGUUUGUAAACCAUUCUGGAAUUGCAUCAAACAAACAAAACAGUGUGGCGGUGUAGUGGCACAGGCGAGCAAUGUUGGAAUUGUUGCCGAUAAGAUAGCACGAGAAAGUGAUUAAGUAAAGCGAAUGCUUUACAGUUUUCAGUGGAAUUGUUGAAUGAAUUGCUUUCUGCCGAUUGAUACGCGUUGGUAGCUGACACAGGGCCUUCUACGAUCCACCCCAGCAAGAAAGAAGCGGUGCUACAGAGUGUUUAGCCAACAGCGCGAACGUUUAAAAUCAAAGCAACCGCGGAGCGCAGUGUUCGGGUGGUGUGCUUAUUGAGUUUUGUGAUCUCUUCCGUGCUAGCAUUCAAAUUGUUGUGUGAAACAAAUAGUGUGUACUCCAGUAGUAGUGUCCGGUGUGGGCGCAAAUCGAAGCACAAAACAGUGUUUGUUUGCGGAAACAGGGCAAGAAAAAGGUGUGAAAAGUGCUCGAAUAGAAAAAGGAUCGAAAGAUUAUUGAAACGAUGUGAUUAGUGGUGGUCUCGUGUCGAGUUGCUUGUUGUCUGCCCGUGUGCCGCCCUCAAAGUAGGCCAGCAAGCCAAGUGAAUUGGUUUUUGUGAACGAAUUUUGUGCGUUGUGGUUUGAUAUUUGCGGCAAUUUGUGUUGGUGGUGCCCAGUGAAUUGAUUUGAUUGUGAGGAGAGUGUUUUUGUGUGCAAGCGCGCCAAGUUUACAACAACCGGUCGAACGGCGGUGAUAAAGAUAAAACCCACCCAGAGCUUCCCACCGAUUCCGGAGACAUCCGACCCCCAAAACCGACCCCCCCCCCCCGGUGUGACGGGAGAGACACGGCUGGCCGAGCGACACCCGGCGACCCGCCCCCCGACCCGAUUGAUCCUGGUGAUGUUGUAAUGAGAUACGACGGCCAAGAACUGCUCCAAUCUGACGACUUCAGUAGGCCGGCGAAGGGAAUGGCCUAUCAUCCAUUCCUGCAGCUACCGCGACCGACUGACUUCAGCGUCUCGUCGCUGUUGACCGCGGGUUCGCCGCCGUCAGCGCAAGCCCAGCAGCAGAACUCGCCGGCGGCGACCGCCGCAGCCGCGGCCGCUAUCAACAUGGCGGCCACGGCAGCCGGCACCGCGCCGCCCGGUGCGGCCGGCGGCCCGCCGUCCUACUUCCCCGCCGCGGCCCUCGCCGCCCUGUCCGGGGGGCCGGGCGGGGCCGGACCGCCGCCCUCCCAUCUGUAUCCGGGGGCGCUGCUGCCCAAGCUGCCGCCGCACCAUCCGCACGCGCACCAUCCGCUCGGCACGGCGUACACGACGGCGGAGGACGUGGUGCUGGCGGCGGUCGCCGCCCACCAGCACCAUCCGGCGAUGCGGCCGCUGCGGGCGAUGCAGCCCGAGGACGACGGUGUGGUGGACGACCCGAAGGUGACGCUCGAGGGCAAGGAGCUGUGGGAGAAGUUCCACAAGCUCGGCACCGAGAUGGUCAUCACCAAGAGUGGCAGGCAAAUGUUCCCGCAAAUGAAGUUUCGCGUGUCCGGGCUGGACGCAAAAGCCAAGUACAUCCUGCUGCUCGACAUUGUGGCGGCGGACGACUACCGGUAUAAGUUUCACAACAGCCGGUGGAUGGUGGCGGGCAAGGCCGACCCGGAGAUGCCCAAGCGCAUGUACAUCCAUCCGGAUUCGCCCUCGACCGGCGAACAGUGGAUGCAGAAGGUGGUCUCGUUUCACAAGCUGAAGCUUACCAACAACAUUAGUGAUAAGCACGGAUUUGUUGGCGAUGCCUCCACCGUUUGGACAAUCCUGAAUUCGAUGCACAAGUACCAGCCUAGAUUUCAUUUAGUUCGAGCGAACGAUAUACUGAAACUACCGUACUCGACGUUUCGUACCUACGUGUUUAAGGAAACCGAAUUCAUAGCCGUAACUGCAUAUCAAAAUGAAAAAAUAACGCAAUUGAAAAUAGAUAAUAAUCCUUUUGCGAAAGGAUUUCGUGAUACUGGUGCCGGUAAACGGGAAAAGAAUACGGGUUUCAGUUGCUCUGCUUUCAGGCAAUCGCUGAUGGGACAGCGAAGCUCGGACGGGGACAAGCUCAGCCCGAGCUCGGUCAGUUCCUCGCGCGGUCCAGCUGGUUUGGACCACCGAACAAAUAGCAUAUCAGCGCUGGACGACGACGACAAGCUGCUGGACGUGGUCGGCCCACCGCAAAGCCCGCUGCUCUCGCUCAGCCAGCAGAUGCACCAUCACGCGUCAGGAUGGUUCAACUUCGAGGACGUACAGCGCGCGGAGGAAGCGAUGCGCCGGCGCCUCCAGUCGGACGAGAACGAGCGGGACGGCAGCGACUCGAACUGCUCGGACAGCGUGUCAGGAAGCACAGGUGCCUUUCGUCCGACCUCGGGCAGCCCGAAGGAGUCGUCCAGCAGUGCCGGCACGUCCUACCCGUCGCCCAACAUCUCGGUCGGGCCGCCGAUCCAUCCACCGCCCCACCUGCUGCCCUAUCUCUACCCGCACGGGCUCUACCCGCCGCCCCAUCUGUCGCUGCUGCACAACCCGGCGGCGGCGGCCGCCAUGAACCCGAGCCUGCUGUUCAACGCGCAGCUCGCGCUGGCCGCCCAGCAUCCGGCCUUCUUCGGGCACUACUCGGGCCACUCGCCCACCUCGCCGCUGCACGGCCUCAAAGGCCACCGCUUCUCGCCCUACAGCCUGCCGUCCGGGCUCGGGUCGGCGUUCGAUGCGGUCACGCCCGGCUCGAACUCGGCCGGCGCCCGCAGCCUCAGCAGCAGCCCCCAUCCCCGGGCCGCCUCCAACUCGCCCCCGACCCGGCCCAUCUCCGUGUCGCCCACGCCCACCCAGCAUCCGACCUCGCCGACGACGGCAGACGCGAACGCGGCCGCCAACAUGCCGCCGGGAGCGAACAGUAGCAUGGUGUCACCGUCCUCGCUACAACCACCACCACCACCACCCGGCGGACAGGCGCCACCACCACCACCACCCUCAACCGCUUCCAUGAUGGCGCCGGGAUUAUCACCGGCGUCGCUCGGGCCGCCAGCACCACCACCCCCUGCCUCAAACUCACCCUCCGAGCUGAAAAGCAUCGAGAAGAUGGUGAACGGGCUCGAGGUGAAGCACAACAUCAACGGCAGCACGGUGGGCAGCGUCGACAGCAAUGGGGGGAAGGCGCUACACCCAGCGCACGAUCAGUGACGUUUGGUGGGUGGCGAGUAUCUUCCCACUGCCGCCGCCGGCCUGUACGAGCGCCGCGUCCCGGUGGAGGUCGGCGGUGGCGGUGAUGGCGUAGCAGUCGGUGGUCCCGGUUUGGAUCAGGGUAUGUGACAGUUAGCAAUCGGGUCCGGCGACCCGCUCCACUAUGGGAUGUCCUAGUGUGGCACCGCGGAAUAGGCGACAGCCGAGAUAUAGAGAGAAGAGAGAGAGAGAGAGAGAGAGAGAGAGAGAGAGAGAGAGAGAGAGAGAGAGAGAGAGAGAGAGUACCUUGUACAUAUAGACGUAGAAUUUUAGGCAUUUUUAGGCAGAGUAUCCUCUAAAAACGCUCUCAAAGCAACCAUCCCUCGAACACAAACCUUUACAACCUUCAUCGCACCACCACCAGCACUACCACCGGCAGAGUUUGUUCAAUUGGAAUCCUUUGGUUUUAUUUUUCUUACUGGAAAACUGAAGCACGUGUCACUACACUUACCAAAGAGACCAUUACCGCUGCUAUGGCGACGGACUCGACGAUCCAGGACGCUGAGUGUGUCUAGUCCUUUUCCAGAGAAAAACUGUGAGUGAAACUUCCUUACAGUCUUUUAGCCGAAAAAACUAAGAAGUUCAAUGAAUUUAUUUUUCAUCUCAAGACUCAUUUUUAAUUCGCAAUAAAUCUCACUCACACCAAUCCUUUGAGUAAAAAAAACCUUACUCAUAGCCUUCAAAAUUCAAAUCCAAACCUACAAACGUCAAUAGACACACCAACACUUGUCUCACAACACACUGCUUAAAUGAUUAAUUGUACACAAACACUUAGUGUCUGUAAAUUGUUGUAAAUAGAGAGCAAACCAACCCACAUUGAAGGAAAAAAACCCUCUUUCUUCUCUUCGAACACAUUAGAAUGCAACACUUUUUCGGUUACAAAACUCAAACAAGAAAGGAAAGCAAUAAAAAACUAAAAGAAAGAGGCUGGAGAAAAUAAAAAAAUUGGAAACGUACUAAAACAAUGCCGGGGGUGAGUUGUUUUGGUUGUUGUUAUUUUACUAAAAAAAAAACCCUAAAUUCGAAUAAUUGUGCACCGACAGUUUCCUACAAACAAGCAAACAAAUCUAGUGCGAGCAUGAGGGUGGAAUUGAACUAUUUAAAUUGCGUUACAAAAAAACACACCUUCUCUUCCGCACACAUUCAAACACACCAAACACUCAAAGUGUAGCCCGUAAGUGAAGUUUGAAAAUUAAAUUAAACCCCGCGAAAUACCCCUCUUUUCCCCCUUAACCGAAUUAUCCACGGUAUCCACGGGGUGCGGGGUAAAAACUACUAACGGUUUUUUCUCUCUUAUGUGUUUAAAUUAUAUAUAAAGAAGAAGAAAAAAAUAAAAAUAAAAGUGCAAAAAUUGCAUUGCCUUCUUCGAUCGAGAUGGUUUUGAUCAUUAUUUAUUCGACACAAAAGCCGCGGAUUGCUUUCCUUCUUUCCUUGUGGUGUCUCUCGCUCACCCCCCCCCCCCCCCCAAAACGCCCCGGAAACGACCCGUGACAAACUUUAAGUUUGGCGCACAAAGCAAACCCAACCAGACCCCGUUGGUACUUUUUCUGUAUUGUCCUUCACUUUCGUUGUUAAUUAUUGUUGUGCAUGUACGGGAACCGGAAAAAAACCGUACCUCGGAGAUGGGUCUUACCAAUAAACACGUUCUGUUUCGCCCCGUGAUUCUGUCCCCCGUUGAUGGACGGCGCGAGGGCGGCAUGUACAGCACACGUAUUGGCUGACAAGUUGUGAUAAUUUAUUGAUUUAAAGUACCGUACGCGAAUGAUUCAGCUCGACUAGAAACACCUAACCAUCCCUCUUUCCCAGCCACAGGGUAUCAUCAUGAAUAGCUAAAGCAGAGCUUAGUAGAAAUGUAACCUAUAAUCCAAUACGGAGCAACUACUACUACCACUACUACUACUACCGGUGGCAGAUACUGUUGGAUGCUCGCGCGUUUAGCCACAUUAUGUUUAGUUUCCUACUACGAUUAUGUGUUUUGUGAGUUUUGUUUUUAAUUUGUUUAAAUAUCAAGAGUAAGAAAGAGAGAGAGAGCGAGAAAAAGAGAGAAAACGUUAUGAAAAGAGCGAAGAAACAUAACCCAUUAGAGUUCCUAAAGGAAGGGAAAUAAUGGGAUGCGGAAAUGGGGACGACGGUGCUGAUAUUACAACAACACAAAACAAAAAUGUACCGAAACGAUGUAAAUAAGAAAAGAUAAAAGAAAACAAGCGUAAAUAGUAGAAAGUGGCGCAGCACCAUGUUCAGUCACUUGCAAACUCGUGUUUUAAUUUACAUUGACGCAAUAACAACACAGCAUUAGGGCAUGGCUUUAAUGGUAUUAUCAACAGGCAAGGCGUAAGAAGUCAGAAAGGAGGAGGGCUAGAAAAAAACAUAUAUAGAGAGUAACGGAAGCAGUGGAAGCAGCUAAGCAAGCAGAAAUCGUACCAAACGCUGCCCUGUCCCACUGUCAUACUGUAACAUAACUAAGCAGCAAAUGGAGAACAAACAUUUUACAAAUCACCAGAACAAAAAAGCUCUCUCACACACACAGAUACACCGCCCCCCAACCCCCAACACAUUUACAUAUUGCAUUUAGUGGAAUUCUUUACUUGCGGCUAAGACUAAACUAAAAACCUGCCCCAGUGAUGAUGGGUUAAUGAUACACAGAGUAAGAGUCAAAGGGCGAAUUGAGCACGAGAGUAAGCAUUGGAGCAAAUUGUGCAAAAAAGGCAAAACUAAAAAACAUU